CAUGCGCAAGGUAACAACGCGACAGCUCACCUGAACAAACACUACAGCCUUGAAUACCUCCAUGGCUUCACUAUCGCAAACCACUUCCUAGAAUCAUUCCAUAACAUGUCCUUGCUAAACUCAGUCCUUGGUUCGUUCUCACCACCACCAUCAAAGUUCCGGAGGUCUUUCGAAGAUCCCAACGCGCGCGAUCAUGAGCUGCCGUUAUACAAUUCUCCGCCACCACAACGUAUACCGCCGCCAAUAACCUCUUCGCUGAUAUGGACUGCUCCGAGAGCCGACCUCUCGCCUGCACCGCGUGUCCCGGACGAUGUGCUUACGUUGCAACGACGCGCGCGCCAUCUCGAGCAGCAGCUCCAGGAGCUACUUGAUGCGCAAGCAGACGGCUUGACGAAUGGUCUCAGCGGCAACGAUGCUACGCCUGAUGAUCUGGUAUCAAAUGGUAGUACCACGCCGACCGUCAGUAGCGUCCGCUCGGCGGACAAGAACGCGGAGAGUGGUGAUGACCAGCACAGAUCUCCCAAAAAGAAGGUGAGUCUCGGCACUGCAAGAAGAGGUAUAUUCAGGAGGAUACAACAGCUAGCGAACAUCAAGGCCGAGGAGCUGAAUAUGUUGGAUGAAGGGCUGAGGGAUCUGCAAUACAAUGUGGAGAGGACCGAGAGCUGGACUCUAAAACGCGCGCGCUUAGAAACGAAGAUUCGGAGCAUUGAAGGCGAAGAUGCAAGCGAGAAGACACAAGCACUCCAGACUGAAGCGUCAAAGCUACAGCAAGACAUCAGACAAAAGGAAGAAGAAUUGUGGGCACUGAAGCGGCGGCAACGACAAGUGUUGGACCAGCUUGCAGAGACAGAAAACUCUCAAGAAGCCAAACUCUCAUCAUACAAGACCGCACUCUCUAUAUUGGACAAGGAGGUCUCAAAUUUCCUUACACGCACACCAAAAGGCAAUCAUACUCCGCUCUCCUCCUCGCCUUUCCCUAAGCUACCUCCCAAACGCCGGACUCUUGAAAUGGCUCACGAAUACUGGCAGGAAGAGUACACAAGGUUGGCAGAGAAGUGCGAGGAGGUCGACGUUGAGCGUGCUGCACUCGAAGAAGGCUCAAUCACGUGGAAUGACACAGUCAAGAAGGUGGCUGACUACGAGGCGAGUCUGCAGCGGUACAUGUAUAAAGUGAGUAAGAAUGGUGCAGCAGAUCCCAAACGCCUGCUAGAUAAAAUGGAUGCUACGAUUGCUUUCCUGAACGAGAAGCUGGAGUACGCCUCGUCCAGGAGCUGGAAUCUUCUCAUGUGCGCCAUUGGAGCGGAGCUAGAGGCCUUCCAACAAGGCCGAGACCUGCUGCACGAAGCGCUCGGGGUGAAGCGAAAGGGCAAAGAGAAGGCUGGAAGCUCGUUGAUCGAGCUUGAGAACUUCAAGCCACCAGAAGAAGAGAUGACUGGGUCAACGAUCAGAAUUGGACGUUCUCCGCCCAAACCCGCACCUCCCAAACCCAGCUUGUUUGAUACAGACGAGUCGAACGACGACCCUGAUCCUGAGCUCAUGAUAUCCCACCAGGAUACUGAUACGGACUGAGUGUGUUGUACGAACUUGAAAUGUGUUGGUAUUUCUGAGCGAGGCGUCUGUUCAUUUGCAUAUACCACCAGCAGCAACCAGCAGCGGACUGGUUCGACACUUUAGCAUUAGUUAUUCGAAUUGCAAACAUCAAGGCCCAUACGGCUUCAACCGUAGAUCUGCAGGGGUCCU